AGCAACUUCACUUCAUCGUCUUUAUCAGAUUUCCAACCACCAUGCACUUUUUCACAGCCAUCUUUGUAGCGUUUGUGGGCUUUGCUUCAACAGUUUCCUGCAUUCCAAUUGGGAAUCUGUCAGAGACCGCGCUACUCCCACGACAAUCACAAACACAAAUGUCCGGCUGCUCCGAUGCCCAAAAGGACCAUAUUCAAGCCUCCCUCAUACAAGUCUCCGGCCUUGCAGUCGGCGCUUAUGGUGUGCUAAGCGAAGACGCGAACGUCUGGAAAAAGAACAAGGGCUACACUCACUACUUCAAAGAAACGGAUUUCGAUCGUGUGAAAGAUAUCUACCAGGUCCUCAUGUCUAUCGGCGGCAGCGAUAGCAAAGUCCAAUUCAACAUUGUCUGCGCGCCGUCUUGUGCACCCGGAGGCUUUGCGUUCGCCGAUCCGACAGAGGAGGAUUACGAAGGCAAUGGGCACACUAAGGGUACGAGAGUCGUUACCAUAUGUCCCGAGUUCUUCGAGGACGAGAGAACGACCAGGGAUCUGCCAGCUGCAGGUGAUACGGACGGCUUGAAGAGAUACUGUGAGUUCAAAGAAAGUAAAAAGAUUACAGACUUUGAAGUUGGAGGUCAUACUCUUCUUCACGAGAUUUCACAUCUAGAUUCAUUUGGCAUAGCAGCAGGCUAUCCUGAACUUACAUGGAAAGGCGCCCCCUUCGAAUACAAGUACCAUGGAACGGUUGAUUGGAAGGGCAAGUCUACCGCGGGCAGUGCUCGGACACUCAAGAACUCGAAAGCUAAGGAUAAGCCGGAGACGUGGCAGAAUGCAGAAUCCCUGGCUGCCGCUGCGACGGAAAUGGGAGCAAUGUGGCGGUGUGACAUGACAGACGUCUCUGACUGAACUUAAGGUCAAUUCGAACAAUUCUGUUAAGGCUUGGUUUUGUCAUUUUAGCUCAGGCUCGGAUUUGAGAUUGUAGUCUUCGGGCUUGGGUAGUAGUGAGUGUUCAAAUUAUCGAUUGAUAGGACAAAGUGGUGUAGUUCAAG